AUGUCAAUUAGACCUGCAACUCAUUCAGGUUCUUGGUAUCUCUCUAAACCAGAGAAUCUAUCUCGCCAGUUGAAGUCGUUUUUCGACAAGGCAAAGGGCUCUACUGUUAAGGGCGCAAAGGUAAUUAUUUCUCCUCAUGCUGGGUAUACAUACUGCGGCAGUACUAUGGCAAAAUGCUACUCUAGACUAGACUUUGACGAAGAUAUUGAAAGAGUUUUCAUUCUUGGGCCUAGUCACCACUUUUAUUUCCAAAAUAAAGCCCUCAUUAGCCAGUAUAAGGCAUUGGAAACCCCCUUGGGCGAGCUUAAGGUAGAUGUAGAUGUCGUUACAAAGUUACUGGAGUCUUCGAACUUGUUUGGCAAAUUGGAUCCGGAGUCUGAUGAAGACGAACACUCCUUAGAAAUGCAAUUUCCAAUGCUGUACCAUACGAUAAAGGUCGCCGGGGUUGACCCUACUGCCAUUAAAGUCGUUCCUAUCCUCAUUUCCCAUAACUCAUCUGAAAUCGAUUACGCAAUUGGCAAGCAAUUAUCCACCUAUCUGAAAGAGGGGAACAGUAUUGUUAUAGUUAGCUCUGACUUUUGUCACUGGGGUCGGAGAUUUGGCUAUACAGGCUAUGUUGCAAGUUCCGAAGACAUUGCUGACGCAAUCGCGGACGGUACUGAAAUUGAAACCUUGACAGCUCGGAGUAAGAUUGAUCACUGUAUUGAAAUAUGGAAAAGUAUCGAGCUACUAGAUCGGUACGCCAUGGAUAUUCUUGCUGACAAAGCCCAAACAAAAGAUAAAUAUCCAGCCUGGAAGGAUUACUUAGAUGUCACUGGAAAUACCAUCUGCGGUGAAAAACCAAUUGGAGUUAUGCUUUGUGCUUUAAGCGCCCUAGAAAAAAGUCAUCAUUUUCGGUGGGUGGGAUACGCGCAGAGCAGUCAUGUAUGGUCACUGAAAGACAGUAGUGUUUCUUAUGCUGCUGGCUACUGCCAGAUAUGA